AUGGAAAUGAGAGCGCGGACUCCAAAAAGUAUAAAAGGAAACAAAGAUUAUGAACAUAUAACUUCUUCACAAUAUUAUGGAAGUAAAAAAAAAACAAUUUCGUCGAAAAAAGUAAAUAAAAAUUGUGAUAAAAAAAAAACAAAGAUUAAUAAAAAAAAAAACAUUCAAAAUGAUAUAGAAAUUAGGAACAAUUUUGUGUAUAAUGAUCAAGUAGUAAAUAAAAAUAUCCCCAAUAAAAUUAAAAUAAAAAAAAAAAUAGAUAAAAAAAUACACAAUGAAUUAUUAGAAAAUAUUUUAGUUGAAAAUAGCGAAAAUAACAAAAGUUAUGAUGAUGUUAUAAGAAAUUCAUGCAACAAUUUUCAAACAAUCGAUAAUCAUAUUUCAUCAAUACCAAGACAUUUAAAUCAUAGUAAAAGUGGUGAGCAAAAUAAUUCUCUAAAUAAUCAGGAUUAUAAAAGAGGGCGCAGAAAAACAAAACAACAUAAAGAUAAUUUUUUUUGUUAUUAUGAUGAAAUAGAAAAUGAAGAAAGGGAAAUAUCAAGCGAAAAAUAUGGAUCGGACCAAGGGAAAAAAAAUAAAAUGAAUAAAUCAUUUAUACUUCGAAAAAACGAAAAAAAAAUCAAACAAAACCAUGAUUCUAUAAGUAACAAAUUUAAUGAUUUUAUAAAAAAAGAAAAUGAUAUAUAUGAUUAUAAUUUAGACUUAUUUGAUUUUUUGAGCAAUUUUAAAACAAAUGAAGACAAUACGGAAAACUUAAAUAAGUUGGUACUUUUUAUACUCCAAGAAAUUGAUGGAAAAAAAGUUUUAGCCAAUAAUAAUAUUCAAGUUGGAAAUAAAAAUAACUACAUUUCUGAAGGCGAAUAUGAUAGAAUGAAAGCAAAUAAAAUAAAUAAAUAUUUUUUUAACAUAAAGGAAAAUAUUGAUAUAGAACAUAUAAUAAACCACGAUAGAAAAGAUAUAAGAAAUGUGUUUUUUUUUGAAAAUAUUAAUAUAAAUUAUAACGAUAAAAAUGUGAUUAUUUCCCCAUUUAAAAGUUCUUUGGUCAUUGACAAUAAUGCAACUGAUAUUUUUUCACAAAAAAAAAAAAAAAAAACAGCAAAUGAAAAAAAAAAUAGUAUUAAUAAAAAAGAUCAAAGUAUUAAUGAUAUGGAUAUACAAAAUAAUCCAUUCAAAAUUAUAAAAAUAAGAAUAUCAAAAUAUGAAAAUUUGCCUAUGUAUAUAAAUAUUAAUGAGAAUAAUGUCAAAAUAAAUUUUGAGAUAAUAUGUUUUUUAUACUUUCUAUUGAUUUGUAAUUGUUUGUCUAGGAACAAUACACGCAACCACGAAUUUGAUACUCAUAAUAGUUCCUUCGAUUUAAUUGAUAUAUUUUCUAAUAUUGAUGAAAAUUCGGCAUGUUAUUUUAGUGGCGAAAAAAAUAUAUUUUUAAGUUUGUGUUCCCCCGUGAUUUACCUAGACUUUACUAUUAACAUUAAUUUAGUAAAUUUUUUUGAAAAAUUUUUACAAAAUUGUAAUAUUGUAAAUAACAAUGAAUUGAGUACAUAUCAUCAAUAUAAAUUACCACUUAAUAUUUGCCAAGGAGAAAAAAACAAAAUAGAAAAUUUACAAGAACUAAUAAACAUGUUUUUAUUAAAAUGCAGGAAUAUAUUUAAUGGGUGUUUAUUGGCUAUUAGUAUAUGUAGUUAUUUAAACACUUCUAUAUUUUCAAGGGAAUUUAAUAAAAGUAGAAAUUUUUUAUUUAUUUAUUUUGUUUCACAAUUUAUGAAUUCUAGUUAUUUGUUUGAUAUAAUUGAGGUUGGAAAUGUUUGUAAAAAAGCAGAGUGGAUAAAAUUGAAUACUACCUUAGAAGGAAUAUCAAAAAAUACAGUUUAUGAUUCUAAUAUUUCACAAGAAGAUGAAUAUACCUAUCUAUUGAUAUGUCUAGUAGGAUAUGAAAUAAUAAUAUAUGGAAUUUCUAAAUACGAUUAUUUUAUACAGUUAUACUAUUCUAUUAAGGAUCAAAAUAACAUUCAUACAGAUGAUGAUAAUAAUAAUAAUAAAAAAUAUAUAGAAAACAAACUUAUGCAAACAAAAUUUAAAAAGCUAUUUUCAUACAAAAAUGAUGAUAUAGUAAAUGAUUUUUCAUAUUCUAUAUAUAUAAAAAAUAAUCAAAGAUAUAUAAAAUUAGCUAUUUGUUGUAACAAUAUGAAGAUAAAAAUAAUAAAUAUAUUUUUAAAAAAAAAUAAAAAUGAAUAUGAAAUUAACAAUUUUAUACAAAAAACGGAAACAACAAAUAUGAAGUUUGACAAUUGUAAUUCCAGUUUGCCAUAUUUGUUUCCAUUUAAAAAUAUUGGUAAUUUUGAAUUAAAAAAAAAAAAAUCAUUUUCCAAUUCUUCUAAUGAAAGUAAAACAACAUAUGAACGUAAUAACAACAAAUUGGAAAAUACAAUGUCUUAUUUUAAUAAUGAAUAUACAGAAAAAAGUGUUAAAUAUAACAUUACUAAAUAUUCUUAUUAUAAUGUUUAUACUAUGGAGGAUAUAUUACAUAUUAAACAUGGAAUAAUAACACUAUGCUCAUUUUAUCCAUGUAUAAAUUCAUUUAUUUUAUGUAUAAGUAUAAAAGAAGGAGAUGUUAUAGUUAUAGAUAUACGAAAUAAUAGUGAACUUUUUUAUUUUAAAAGAAAAACAGAAACAAUAUCACAUUUAAAGUGGAAUAACAAUAGUUGUAUAUCUUUUGGACAAGAUAAAGGAUGCAUAAUAUAUUUAUUUGAAAAUAAAUAUUUUUUAAAUAUUGAUAAAAUAUGGAAUAAUAUUAUUGAAACGAUAUGUACACAUAAUUGUAUAAUUAGUGAUAAUUAUUUUUUUACAUUUGAUGAUGGUACUAUAAUAAAAGGAAAAAUAAAAAUAAAUCCAAAUAAAAUAAAACAUCAUGAAAUAAUUUCAUGGAAUAUAAUAUCAAAUUUUUCUAUGGAUCCACAAAUUAUUUUAAACAUUUCAUCAACUAAAAGUAAUAAAAUUAGCACCCCUUCUUUAACAUUAUUAUAUGAAUAUUUAUGUGGAUUGCAACAUAUUUUAAAAACUGGAAUUAAAAUAACAAAAUCGGAAAAUUAUGAUCCCUCUAUGAAUCGAAAAGUUGUUGCAUUGGUUCCAAAAACAAUUUCCUUUUCAUAUACUGACAAUGGCUAUAUGAUAGCAUAUGGAAACACAUGUGGAUUAAUUCAUAUUUUUUUUGGAAAAACUGAUACACCACCAGUUAUUUAG